AUGGAUGGAGGUGGUUCUACAUUUGAUCUUACAGCACCGGUACAAUUGAUGCAGCCGAAAAUAAAUGUUUCGAAAUAACAAGAGCAGACAAUAAAUAAAGGAUAGAAAGAGGUAAAUAGAGAUUGAAUAAAUCAGUUACAGCCAUAGAAGACACAGACUUCAAAUUCAAAACUGCCUUAAUUGGGUAAUAAUUAGAAUGCUUCAAAGAGUGUGAAUUAGAAAGGUUCAUAGGUAGGACAACAUCAUUCUCCGAAAUCUUUAUCGAAAGUAAAAAAGAUUGAAUUAUUCCGUGAUGCAUUAUAAUAGGCAACAACGAAAUUGAUACGUAUAGAUAAGUAUAAGAGAUAGCUCCUGGGAAGAAAGAUAAGGAUAAGAAUCAGAAACCGAAGCCUUUAUAGGAAACUCAAUCGUAAUAGAUAGAGGAGAUAAAAAAAGAAUAUGAGGAUUUAGUAUAAAAUCAUUAUAAAGAUUUAUAUGCUCAUAUUGGUAAUGAGCAAUAAAAGAGUUUGCAUGAUUUGUAUAAUAAGAGAAUCUUUACAGCAUUACAUGAUUUGGAAUAGAAGCCAAAAAUAUAGGGUGCAUUGGAAAGAAAGGAAGAAUAAUUAAAUAAGCAACGAUUAUAUAAGGAUAGAUUAUUAUAUGAGAUAAAGCAGAUGAUAAUAAAGAGUAGAAGGAUGGAUGAAUUAUUAAAUGAUUUGGCAAUAUAGAAUGAUGAUACAGAGGUGAAGGAAACAAUAGAAGAAUUGAUAGAAAAGGAGUAGAUACAAGAGGAGAAGAUGGCUAAGCAAGCAUAUGAAAUAGCUAAGCUUCGAGAUAUGUAUGGAAAACGAAGUAAUUAGAGUAAUUAAACAAAGGAAAAUUAUUAUUGGAAGUGUAGAAGUAAUGUUAGAUUACAUAUGAUGGAUUGAAAAUUAAAUACUAAUAAUAUGAGGCAUCUUCUUAGAGUAUGAUGAGUAGAAAGAAAUAAUUAGAAUCAUUAUCAAAGAUAAUAACUAAAUAUAGAAGUGAAUGUUAUAAUUAACAGAAUUUUUUUGGAGCAAGUUUGAAAAGAGGAUUUGAUCCUAUGUUAGAAGAGAUAUUAGAAGAUGAAUUAUCAAAAUGUGGUGAUUUAUAAGCAUUAGAGAUUGUUUAAUAAGGAGAGAAGAAGAUCAUUGGAAUUAAAGAAUAAAAUGAGAAAAAGAAAAAAGGAGAAAAAAAAGAUAAGGCUAAAUUAGCUAUAGAGAAUGCGACUGAAAAUAUUAAUAAAUAAAAGGGUGAUAUUUAAUAAGAAUUAGAAAAGAAAGUAAGUAUAUAUAUAUAACAAUCAUUUAGAAAUAAAUGUUUUAAAAGUUGAGAGUGGUAACAAGUAUUGCAAGUUAGGAGGAUAUGUAAAAGUACAAACUUAAUAUGGAUUUAGAUUAGUAGGAAUUAAAAAAUAUAUAAGAAUAUGUAGGAAAGGAGAUAGAAAGAUAUGAAAGAUAGAAUGAAGAAUUAAGAGGAGAAAUAAAGAAGUUAAAAUAUGAAUAAGAGAAUUCUAUUUUAGAUGCUUAAAUUAAUUUAGAUGAAUAAGAAAGAGAAGUUACUAAAUAAUAAGAUCUACUUUAAGAGAAAGAGAAAUAAGUAAAAAAGGUUGAAAAAUCUAUAGAUGAGGUUACAAUGUCAUUAUCAAGAAUAAUGUAUUAAUUAAGUGGGAAAGGAAUGAAACCUAAAAAUAUAGAGAUAAAAAGACAUGCUUUAGUUGCUACUGCAUCUACUAUCUAAUUAAGAUUAGAAAGAAUGCUGACUGUUUUAUCUAAAACUUAAGAAUUUUUAAAUGAAGAAUCUAUCAACACUAAUCCUAGAUAUAAUAAAGUUGAAGAUUUUAUUUGUCUUAAUCCAAAGGUAAUAUAUAAUAUAUAUUUUAUCAAUAGAGUUAUAUUACCUAAGAUAUAAAUGAAAAUGUUGAAACCAACAUUAAAUUUGUAUACAAAGAAGAAGAUAGCUCAGACGAAGAUUGUAAAGAUAUGGAUGAAGUUCGACAAUAAGUCAAAUCUAGAGCUUAGGAAGAUAAACCUUAAGUUGUGAUACCUCCAAAAAAGGAUAAAAAACCUAAAUGA